AUGGGCGACUUCAGAGUUACGGGGACGACGAGACUCUAUUUUAUAUUGUUCUGUACGAUUGUAAAGGCCGUUUUCAGUACCGGUAUGGGAAAGUGUCCGAUAUAUCCGCAGUUUCCGAACUUCGAUAUGUCUAGGAUGUCAGGCACAUGGUAUGAAGUGGAAAGGUCUUUCCACCUGAUGGAGAUUGCGGCAAGUUGUACUGAACUGUACGUAAGCAUCAACGAACGAGGCCAUUAUGUUAUCAAUGUAAACACUAUUAACCGAUGGACAGGGAAUCCCACAGUGUCUUUUGGACUUGGUAUCCCCAGUCACUCGGGCUCGUCUGCUUUCCGGUACAAGCUAAACAAUCGUAUGCCCUACGUAAUUGGACGAAUGUUACCCGGCGCGGGACAAUACAACGUGUUGUUCACUGACUAUGAGAACUUUGCACUAAUCUGGUCCUGUACCAACUAUAGCAUUGCUCAUUCAGAUCGCAUAUGGGUGUUGGGGCGAGAGCGCGACAUCGACGCAAGUCUUCGCGCGCAAAUAUACUCCAUCAUGCAAGAACUGAACUUGGACCCCGAUAGACUUAUAAUUUCAAAAAAUAACAACUGCACGACUGUAACCAAUAGUAAUUAUAAUAUUUAA